UCUGGUUCAGUCGCGAAUAUGGCGGUAUGGCGUUCAUAUUUGGGUUAGAUUGUUCGAUAUUAUUAAUAUUAUUUUGUGUUCUUGAUCGAUAAUCCGUAAAAAACAAUUGAAAAUCGCGUUAAAAUGUACAAUUUAAUGAAGACUUCGAUGCAGAAUGCUCGCGUGGUGUCGAUCGCGCAGUGCUCGAUACGAGUCUGCUCUUUUUGCAAUUUUUAUCACCUCAAAUCUCAUAAGCUAACGAAAUACACAUUGCUUCGCCAUUAUGCAACAACUGAUGCAAUAGAACUGCAUUCUCCUUGGAAGAAGAAGACUAAACGUCGCUCUAAGAAAUAUGCAGAGUUAAUGGAAGUAACAGAUCAAACAACCAACAGUAAAAAAGCAGCAGUGCGCAAGUUAAACUCUGCUCAUGUGUCCAUGUUAGUCGGUCAGCCCGAUGUAACAUUGGACAAACUGCACAAGGUUCCUAAUUUUUCUUUCGAUAAGAAAACAACCUCAACACAAGCAAAAGAUACCAAAGCUGAUUCUAAAAAAGAUUUGGUUUACGCUGAAGACAAGACAGACAAUGUGCAUUGUAACAUACUUGAGGAAUCUGAUGAGUAUUUAAAAGACAAAUCUACUGUUGUAGAGGAUCUAAAAGAGUAUGCUAUGAGUGAUAAUACUAUGUUAAUUAAGGAUUCCACUUUCUUGGAUACAUUGCAGAAUGAUAAAAGUGACGAUGAAGAUAAGAGCCAAAUCGAUAUACUUACACAGAUAUCCAAGUAUGACGAGGUUUCAAAUCCUUCUGCGAUUACUGCUCCAAAGAAAGAAGAUCAUUCUGAAGAUUCUCUCUCUACUCGAAACUUGAUAUCUCAUUUACGAGCGCACAUGGAUGUUUAUAUACAGAUCCAAAUGCCCCACAGAGCCUUUAAGAUAUUGAUGUUGAACAAAGAUAAAUUCAAGCAUAGUAAAAUUUCCAUCAUCGCGUUGUAUAAUCUACUCAUGGAAACUUACGUCUCUAACGGGCAUUUAGAAAAAGCUCUCGAAAUUUAUAGAUUAAUGAAGAUAAAUUCUGUCGAACCCAAUCCGCGGACGUACGCUUUCUUGUUCGAGAUAAUCGGAAGAAUGAAAAAUGAGGAGAAACGAACAGAAUACGCGACAGAAGUGACGGGGGAUAUGAGUCGGAGAAAGAUCUCUUUUGAUGAUUUAAUGAACACGCAGAUGAACACGAUGCAACGCAAUGCCGUUCUUUAUUGUAUCGAGUUUUUAGAUCCGCAAUAUCGCGUACGAUAUAGAAAAAUUGAUAGCUCAUACAACUGCAAAUUAUUACAUAAUCUAGUAAUGGAUAGCUAUCGGAGUCCAGCCAAUGGUGUAACAGACAUGAAUGAACUGCGGAACAUGGUGUGUAUACAAAGUGAUAUGGAAAAGCAAUGCGAGUUGAAAGUGAACAGUAUCGCGCCAUUCACCGGAGAUUCCGACGUUAGAAAACAAGCUAUCAAACGAAUUGCUGAAUGGGAAAAAUCUUGGAAAUCAGUCGUGACGCAUGCUUUUGAGAGAAACUUGGCUUAUCAGAAACAAAAAGAGCUGAUGUUGAAACCCGAUUUGAAAGCAUUGUACCCAUUUUUGCAAGUACUGCCCAAGAAAGAGUACAUUAAUGCGAUUCUACGUGAAAUUAACCAAUUGACCAGAUUCUCCGACGCGUACAGCACUUCUAUGACGAACUUAUAUAUAGCACUAGGAACACAUAUUUACAAAAAAUAUCAGUUUCAACGAAAGAUGAAAGCCGGUGUCAUAGAAAAUUCUAUUCAAAUUUACGAAAAAUAUUUGCAAUGGUACAUGCAGAAAAAGUCCGUUGACAAGAGUAACGGACGUACUAAGUGGCAGCAACUCGCUCAGGAAGCUAAACACUCUGGUAUUUGCUCCGAAAUGAUUGUGCCAGAAUGGCCUCGUAACGUUCUACUGAACGUUGGCGAAUUUCUAUACAAAAUCAUCCUGAACGACGUGAAAAUUUCUCAUGUACCCAAACCUGACACGUCCGAGCGGCAAAUACCUGCAUUCUACGCACUCUUUAGAAAACAGACUAAUAAUUUCUUAACAGAGGAGAUCAAACCGCAUCCUUAUUUACACAGAUUGUACAAAGAUUCGCAUCCAGAAACGUUGACUUUUGAAACAGUUCUUUUGCCGACGUGCUCGCCACCGCGUCCCUGGAUUGAUAUAGAUACCGGUGGCUAUCUAUUUUCCAAAACAAGUUUCAUCCGCGAUCCGUAUAUGACACCGACAAUCUUGUUAAGAAAUACACCGAUGAAACAAUUAUAUCCUGCGUUCGAUUGUUUGAAUCAACUCGGUUCUAUUCCAUGGAGAAUCAACGUGCCCAUGUUGGAUAUUCUGAUUAAGAUUUUCCGAGAAGGAGGUUCGGAAAAACUGGACGUACCUCAAUCACCCUCGUCGCUACCGUCUUUGUCCGAAUUAAUCACGUCAAGUGACAUAGAUAAAAGUAAGAAAAUGAAAUUGGCGUUUCAACUCAGGCGCAAGAAGAAUGAAAUGUACGCACUUUGGUGCGAUUCUCUUUACAAGUUAUCCGUCGCUAAUCAUUUUAGAGAUAAGGUAUUCUGGUUGCCGCACAAUCUAGAUUUUAGAGGCAGAGCUUAUCCGGUGCCACCUCAUCUGACUCAUCUCGCUUCAGACUUGAGUCGCUCGAUUCUCUUAUUUGCUCAGGGAAAACCUCUAGGUCCAAAGGGUCUGGACUGGUUGAAAAUUCAUACGAUAAAUUUGACCGGUAUGAAAAAGAAAGAAUCGAUAGACCAACGGUUAAAAUUUGCAAACGAGAUAUUGGACUUGAUUGUAGAUAGCGCGAGAAAUCCCUUGACGGGAGAAAUGUGGUGGACUAAGUCCGACGAACCGUGGCAGACUCUGGCGGCAUGCAAAGAAAUAGAUAAUGCCCUGCAGUCCCCGGACGUGGAAAAGUACAUCUGCAGAUUACCGAUUCAUCAAGACGGCAGUUGCAACGGGUUGCAACAUUACGCCGCUCUCGGGAGAGAUCAGAUCGGAGCGGAAAGCGUAAAUUUAUAUCCGUCAAAUACGCCGCAGGAUGUAUAUAGCGUCGUCGCUAAUAUGGUUGAUGAGUACAGGAAGAUUGACGCGGAAGCCGGCGAUAAAGUAGCCAAAGCUUUGGAAGGAUUCGUCACGAGAAAGGUCAUCAAGCAAACAGUGAUGACCACGGUGUAUGGUGUUACAAAGUUUGGCGGUAGACUUCAGAUUGCCCGGCAAUUGAGCGACUUGAAAGAGUUCAAUCAGGAUUACACUUGGAGCGGCAGUCUAUACCUGGUCGAAAAAACGUUCCAAUCCCUUCGAACUAUGUUUACGGGUGCGAAAGAGAUUCAGGAUUGGUUUACGGACUGCGCCCGCGUCAUCUCAACUAGAUGUAAUCAGUAUGUGCAAUGGGUGACGCCGUUAGGUCUUCCGGUCUUGCAACCGUAUUUCAAGCGUGUGAAAUCAGCUAAUCAGAAUAAACUUGUUAGGAAGCCGGAUACUAUGAAGCAAAAGAAUGCCUUUCCGCCGAAUUUCAUCCAUUCUUUGGAUUCUAGUCAUAUGAUGCUGACGAGCUUGUAUUGCGAACAAGCGGGGAUUACGUUUAUGUCGGUACAUGAUUGUUUCUGGACACAUGCAUGCACUGUAGAUAUUAUGAACAGAAUAUGUCGAGAGCAAUUCAUUGCGCUUCACCGUGAGCCUAUUCUCGAAGACUUGUCUCAGUUCCUUUUUGACCGAUAUGCAAAGUACUUUACAAGCAAUCAGAGGCUUCUAAGACAAAGAGACAAUGAUAUUUCAAUGGAGAUCUUUAAGAAGUUACCAAAAAAGGGUAAUUUUGAAAUUAAAAAAGUCCAAUCAUCUCAAUACUUCUUCAGUUGAAAUUUAAAUGUAGUUAUACAUUAUAUCGUUAUGAAUAAAACAUUAAAAUAAAAAUAAAAAUCCUGA